AGUAUUUGUACUGUGUUUCAGGAAGUAAGAUCAACAGGUUCGAAAAUUUGUCUUUUUGAUUCUAGAUAUAUUCUAGAUAUAUCUUAAGAAAUCAAAUCCUGCCAACAGACUUCCAACUAUGCGGAGUAUCUACCUCUUAUGAUUUACGCACAUCAUCUCCAACUGUGACCUAUUUUUUAUUUCAAUUAGGGUUCUGAUUUUGCACGUAACGUUUCCAAGUUGGCUGAACUGAACUGCAGUACAUCGUUGAUAUGUCGGAUUUAUCUGACCGGUCUUUAAAUGUAAAUCUUCUGAAAGAACCUGUCUUGAGGAAACUCUGUGAGGUAUUGGAAAAAUCCAACAGCGACAAUAAAGGAUGGCGCAAACUCGGGGAUUUGUUCAGCAAAAGCAGGCGUUUUAGAAUGAGUUCAGAUGAGAUAGAGAUGUGCUCCUUGAAGGUUUUGGAGCUGGAUGGCAGCCCCAGUCGCAUGCUGCUAAGGCUCAUGGGAGACAGAGGGUGCACCUUGGGCCAUCUGAUUGACUUCCUGCAAACCAUGGGCCAGACAGAAGCCCUGCAGUGUGUCAAACCGCCAGGCAUCCAGAUCCUCAUUCAGCCCCAGUCUGUGGCUGUGAUCGCAGGACACAACUUGCGCCUCAGUUGCUACGCCGUGGGAAAGGCUGGUGUUCAAUACCAAUGGUUCAAAACCAAGGAGGAGCUACCCAACAGAUCUUCUCCAGACCUGGUGAUCAGCCCAGUCCGACUGACUGAUGCAGGCUUCUACAUUUGCAGAGUCAACUGUGGAGACAACUUUGAGUUCAGCCAAUGGGCCCAAGUGGACGUCUUUAAUGUUGCCACAUCUUAUGGAAUGGGACCCCACUCAUUGGAAGGUAGGCUGAAGGUGGUAAUCCAGCCCCAGGGCCAGAGGCUUCUGGUGGGGGACACUCUGCAGCUGGAGUGUGGGGCAGUGGGGAGGCCCAUCCCGCGCUACCAUUGGCAUAGGAACGGGGUGCCUCUUCUCUUUCCUGAAGCCUCCAAGAGGAGACUCUUGAUUCCGUAUCUGCUGCUGGAACAUCAGGGAAAGUAUCGCUGUGAGAUUUCCAUUAACAAUGAGAGGACAUGGACAAAUGAAGUGGAUGUUUUUGUUGGGCCAAGAAUAUCUGUCCAGUUUACAGGGGCAGUGGAGUGUUCUGAAGAUGAUGUUUUUGCCUUUAGAGAAGGCCUCCUCCUAAACAGCACUCAAGAACCACCUUAUGCGACAGAUAAAGUGGCCCUUCUGAUUGGUAACCUCUCAUACCAGAACCACCCCCAGCUCAAGGCUCCCAUGGUGGAUGUGUAUGAUCUCACCAAUCUUCUGCGCCAGCUGAACUUUAAGGUGGUGUCGCUGUUGGACCUCACCGAGUCAGAGAUGCGCAACGCAGUCGAUGAAUUUCUUCUCUUGCUUCACAAGGGUGUCUAUGGUUUACUGUACUAUGCUGGACAUGGUUAUGAGAAUUAUGGCAACAGCUUCAUGGUGCCUGUGGAUGCUCCAAACCCAUACCGUUCAGCGAACUGCCUGUGUGUGCAGAGCAUCCUCAAACUGAUGCAGGAGAAGGAAACAGGACUCAAUGUGUUCCUGCUGGAUAUGUGUAGGAAAAGAAAUAUCCAUGAUGAAACCACCCCAAACAUUCUACUAAAGGUCACAGCUAACAUUGUAUUUGGAUAUGCAACCUGCCAAGAUGCGGAAGCUUUUGAACUGAGCUCUAGUGGAUUCACCAACGGUGUUUUCAUCAAGUUUCUGAAGCAGCGUCUUCUGGAGGAUGAGAAAAUCACGGUUUUGCUGGACAGAGUAGCUGAGGAUAUGGGCCAGUUUGUUGCCACCAAGGGCAAGCAGGCUCUGGAGAUCCGCAGCAGCCUCUCAGAGCGGAGGGCUCUGACUGACCCAGUUCUGCCAGACGGCGGCUCCGACGCGGGCCGGUCUCACAGUCGACAGUGGGCCAAGGCUCACGAACUACCUGAGAGUAUGUGUCUGGACUUUGACUGUGGAGCUCAGAUCAAGCUGGGCUUCGCUGCCGAAUUCUCCAACGUGAUGGUCAUCUACACCCACAUUGUGAAGAAACCAGAGGACAUGUCCUUCUGCCAGGCUCAUGUCACUAACUUGUCACUGGACCUUGAUGUUGACCCCAAAGAGAUGAACAGGGAGACACCAGAGGAGACCGGCAUCUACCUGCUAUCCAGUUCUCUGCCUCAGCACUGUCUGUACACACGGCUCAGCUCUCUGCAGAAGCUCAAGGACCAGCUGGAGUUCACUGUGUGUCUGCAAGGCUCUUUCAAAGCCAUUGACGAACUGGUGGAGUGGACGACUGACGUCAACAUCGGGAAGCCUCUGAUCGCCAAACUCGACCUCCAUCGCACCAUGAGGAGGAACAGCUGCUUGCAGACGUGCCCCAUGCCACAUAGCCCCUCCCAAAGCCCGUGCCAUAGCCCAAAACCCGAACACUUCCACCACCCCCAAGACCAUGGCUUUCUCUCCCCACACUGCGCCAGCCCUUACCUGGAGGUGUACCUGCCUCUACAGGGAGCUGUGGGUGGCUCAGACCUCACAAGCUCCACGCUGUAUGACAACUGUUGCCCAUCCGGCCAUGCCUGCGUUGCUAGCGAUUUGGCAAACUCCCCCGCCAGAGCCAGCAUUCCCAUAGAGACCACGGAUGACAUCAGUGAGCUUCAGACUGUCUUCAUUAAUAGCCUGCAGCUUCACCACCAGUGACAAAGCAUUGGUGGCCUGAUGAGGGAUCUUUGUUCUGUCUUUUAAAAUUCUGUGGUGGUCAGAUUAGACACUGGCAUUGUGGCAUUUGAGAUGAAACAGGCAUUUGAUACUUUAGGCCUAUUCUGUAAAAUCCUGCUUUAUUUAAUUACAGUAACUGGGUUUGAAAUGAGAUCACAUGUUAGUGCCUUUGACUAGAUGUUUUAUUUUAUUUUAAAAAUACUUUUAAAAGACAAUUUUAUAGCUGUACUUAUCUGUUACAUACAGUAUCCAGCCUCCUCACAAAUAUAUUUUUAUGUAAUUCUUUCCUUUUUUUUAGAUAAUAUAUAUCGAUGUGCUUUUAAUAAUUUAUUAGACUUGUGCACAUUAUAAUUGCAGUAUACAGACAACAAAGGGGGAAUGAAGUAUCUAGUCUUUACGUCUUCAGAUGGUGGCUUGAAGGCCUCUGGAAUCUUCUGCAGCUGACUUUGGUUAUACGAUUAUCUCCACUUUAUGAUGGAGAUGGUAGAGUUGAAGUGUGCUGAUAAAAUGUGUAUUACUGAGCUUUGACUUGCCUUGUCUUAUUACAUACAGCAUGGUUUUGGGCAUGGAUUGUUUUUCAUGGGGUUUUUAUGAAAUAUGACUGCAUUUAUUAAAAGUGUCAAAUACAAAA